AUGCCGUUAGGGGUGCUGCCACCGGAUGGGCAGUCACUCGCCCCUCUGGACCCGACUCUUCGCAGCGGACUUCUUGCCAUAACGGUUCUCUCAUGCAUCUCCUUCUUUUCCGCAGCCACUCUCUUCAUCUACUUGACAUACAAAAUCGUCGCCUGGCAACUCUUCGCUCAGCGCGAGGCAAAUCUGCAAGACCAACAACCAGGCCACGAGCCUUCAACUUCCCAGCAUGCUGUUGAUUUUACUCUAGGCAUCGAUGGCGUAUUUGCCUCGCGCCCAAGCGUGUCCAAAGACGCCUCCGUCAAGGGGGAUGGACAGUUUCCACAGCAGGACAACGGCCCUCCCCUCCGACCGAUGAAGGGAUCGCCCAACCAGUUCCUGAUUCUCAUUUACAACCUCCUCAUUGCCGACCUGCACCAGUCCAUUGCCUUUGCCCUCAACUCAACUUGGAUCAACCGAAAUGCUAUCCUGGUGGACACCAAGACGUGCUGGGCUCAGGGCUUCUUCGUCUCGACUGGCGAUUUGUCUUCGAGCAUGUUCAUCAUGCUCAUUGCCGUGCACACCUUCUUUUCCGUGAUCAAGGGUUAUCGGCCGUCGCAAAGACUGCUAUACCUCGCCAUUGUCCUUGUGUGGCUAUUUGUCUAUUUUAUCUCGGCGUUGCCGAUUGCCAUUACAAACAACGGCCGGGAGCACGGUGGCUUGUUUGUUCGAGCCGGCGCCUGGUGUUGGAUGAAUGCCGAAUAUGAGCGCCUGCGCCUGCUUACCCACUAUCUAUGGAUCUUUAUUGCCCUCGCUGUCACCUCCGGCCUCUACAUUGCCAUCUGGUACUCUCUCCGUAAGCAGGUUCGCCUUCGUCGAGCCGCCAACCCGGGCGGCGCUCCAGACCCUGGCUAUGGAGAACACAAUCCGGCCUUUCUCAUCUAUGCGGUCAUCUACGUUACAUGCACGCUCCCGCUGGCGACAGAGCGUGUGGCUUCCAUGUCGGGUGCCGAUAUACCGCUGGGUUGGUUUUGCUUUGCGGGAGCGUUGAUUUCCCUCAACGGCUUCUUUGACUGCCUCCUGUUCGGCACAACUCGACACUCCAUCAUCUUCGCCUCUAAGUACGACCUGGAUGCGGCAGACACGGGUAUGAAGACCAUCGCCUUUCUCCAGACACCCAAGGCUCGACGCUACGGCAACAUGAUUUGGAUCCAAGGCGGCGAGGGCUCCAGACGGAAGAUGGAGCCCAAGGCUACAGGCGGAUGGUGGUCGUGGCAGCGUCUGGCUGGGCAAUCGAACAGCCCGAGACAGGAGAAGCGGAGGCGGCCUCGGGGAUCCAGCCAGGAAUCGCUACGAGGCCCCGGCAUUCAGAUGGACUUGGUCACAACGGUUGUCGUCGAGGUGGAGGACGACAAGGAACGCGAUAUUCGAUUUCCCGACCCGGCUGCCAGCGCCAGUCCCUCGGUCAACAGCACAGAAAGGGACGCCAUCAGCGCAAGAGCCAUCUAG